AUGAGAGUGUACGCGUUUAUUGUCGUCAACUUUUGGAUUAUGUUUGUGAAAUGUAGAGACGAAGAGAAAAUUUCUAAAGCCUGCUAUUGGCCAAAUGAAGUAUACGAGCCUUGUUUCGGCGGUUGCGCUGAGAUCUCCUGCGACAACCCGCGUAACCAUUUGCGGCCAUGCUACCCUUACUGCGAGCCUGGCUGUGUUUGCGAGGACCCUUAUGUCCGAGAUGACCGCACACACCAAUGCGUCUUACCUCAAGAUUGCUCACCGACGCAAAUGGGUAUACCAGUGCCAAGCAGAAGAUCAGCUAAACCUCCAGCGCCUCCUAUACCUUCUGCAAGGGUCCAAAGAGGGCACAACACCAAGAAAGAGGAGAUUAUCGUGCAAAGUGACGUCGAGAGUCUCCCGAACCACAUAGAUGACUUCAAACGAGCAGCUGAAGUUUCCAGAAUGGGGAAUUAUUUUAAUAUAGUAAUUGCCCCACCACCCAUUAAGGCACUUCAACCGAGGAAAAUUAUACAAAGCGAUCCAACGAAACGACGCAACGACUAAAAUGCAAUGCAAAAUAUUGAUACAAAAAAACAGUAUUUGUAACGGCUGGCUUGUUUUUUGCGCAAAGGAUCAGCCGGGCUGUGGCCAGCGUGGAAAUGCAGCCAAUAUUCUUGGCACCAUUCCACACUUGCAUGACUUGUAUACA